UGACCACUACAGCAACUGUGGUUACAGCGUGGCCCUGGGGACCAAUGGGUUUACCUGGGAGCAGAUUAACACGUGGGAGAAACCAAUGUUGGACCCAGCGGUGCCUACAGGAUCCUUCAUGAUGGUGAACAGCUCUGGGAGGGCCUCUGGCCAGAAGGCGCACCUUCUCCUGCCGACCCUGAAGGAGAAUGACACCCACUGCAUCGAUUUCCAUUACUACUUCUCCAGCCGCGACAGGUCCAGCCCAGGGGCCUUGAAUGUCUAUGUGAAGGUGAACGGUGGGCCCCAGGGGAACCCUGUCUGGAACGUGUCUGGGGUCGUCACUGAGGGCUGGGUGAAGGCAGAGCUUGCCAUCAGCACCUUCUGGCCACAUUUCUACCAGGUGAUAUUUGAAUCCGUUUCUCUGAAGGGUCAUCCUGGCUACAUCGCUGUGGACGAGGUCCGGGUCCUUGCCCACCCAUGCAGAAAAGCACCUCAUUUUCUGCGGCUCCAGAAUGUCGAGGUGAACGUGGGGCAGAAUGCCACCUUUCAGUGCAUUGCUGGUGGAAAGUGGUCUCAGCAUGACAAACUUUGGCUCCAGCAAUGGAAUGGCAGGGACACGGCCCUCAUGGUCACCCGUGUGGUCAACCACAGGCGCUUCUCGGCGACAGUCAGUGUGGCAGACACUACCCAGCGGAGUGUGAGCAAGUACCGCUGUGUGAUCCGCUCUGACGGUGGCUCUGGUGUGUCCAACUACGCUGAGCUGAUUGUGAAAGAGCCUCCCACGCCCAUCGCCCCCCCAGAGCUGCUGGCCGUGGGGGCCACAUACCUGUGGAUCAAGCCGAAUGCCAACUCCAUCAUUGGAGACGGCCCCAUCAUCCUGAAGGAAGUGGAGUAUCGUACCACCACCGGCACCUGGGCAGAGACCCACAGCGUCGACUCUCCCAACUAUAAGUUGUGGCACCUGGACCCCGACGUGGAGUACGAGAUCCGGGUGCUGCUCACGCGGCCAGGGGAAGGGGGCACGGGGCCGCCGGGGCCUCCGCUCACCACCAGAACCAAGUGUGCAGACCCGGUGCACGGCCCGCAAAACGUGGAGAUCGUGGACAUCCGAGCCCGGCAGCUGACGCUGCAGUGGGAGCCCUUCGGCUACGCGGUGACCCGCUGCCACAGCUACAACCUCACGGUGCAGUACCAGUACGUGUUCAACCAGCAGCAGUACGAGGCCGAGGAGCUCAUUCAGACCUCCUCCCACUACACCCUGCGGGGCCUGCGCCCCUUCAUGACCAUCCGACUGCGGCUGCUGCUGUCCAACCCCGAGGGCCGGAUGGAGAGCGAGCAGCUGGUGGUGCAGACAGAGGAGGAUGUUCCAGGAGCUGUUCCUCUAGAGUCCAUCCAAGGGGGUCCCUUUGAGGAGAAGAUCUACAUCCAGUGGAAGCCUCCCAAUGAGACCAACGGGGUCAUCACGCUGUAUGAGAUCAACUACAAGGCCGUGGGUUCAUUGGACCCGAGUGCCGACCUCUCCAGCCAGAGGGGCAAAGUGUUCAAGCUUCGGAAUGAAACCCACCACCUCUUUGUGGGUCUGUACCCUGGGACCACCUACUCCUUCACCAUCAAGGCCAGCACAGCAAAGGGCUUUGGGCCCCCUGUUACCACCAGGAUCGCCACCAAAAUUUCAGCUCCAUCGAUGCCUGAAUAUGACACAGACACCCCACUGAAUGAAACAGACACGACCAUCACAGUGAUGCUGAAGCCCGCUCAGUCUCGGGGAGCCCCUGUCAGUGUUUAUCAGCUGGUUGUCAAGGAGGAGCGACUUCAGAAGUCACGGAGGGCAGCUGACAUCAUUGAGUGCUUUUCGGUGCCGGUGAGCUAUAGGAAUGCCUCCAGCCUCGAUUCUCUACACUACUUUGCUGCUGAAUUGAAGCCUGCCAACCUGCCUGUCACCCAGCCAUUUACAGUGGGUGACAACAAGACAUACAAUGGCUACUGGAACCCACCUCUUUCCCCUCUGAAAAGCUACAGCAUCUACUUCCAGGCGCUCAGCAAAGCAAAUGGAGAGACCAAAAUCAACUGUGUUCGUCUGGCUACGAAAGGUAUGUUGGCAUGCCCUGUCUUGAUGUGUCCCUAUGUCUCCCUGGCUUUUUCAGCGGGAGACUCUUCACUGACGGGCGGCCUGACACCUAAGCCAGUUUACGAACCGGAGAAGCAGGUGGACAGCACGGUGAAGAUGGCCGGCGUGGUGGCCGGCCUCCUCAUGUUCAUUAUCAUUCUUCUGGGCGUGAUGCUUACCAUCAAAAGGAGGAAGCUGGCCAAGAAACAGAAGGAAACACAGAGCGGAGCGCAGAGGGAGAUGGGGCCCGUGGCCUCGGCCGACAAACCCACCACCAAGCUCAGCACCAGCCGCAACGACGCCGGCUUCUCCUCUAGCUCACAGGACGUUAAUGGAUUCACAUGUUCAAAUCUGGCAUCUUACUCUGUCCUCACAGUAACCCUCUCUAGUUGCGGCCCUCACAUCAGCUAUCAACCUUCUCCAUUCUUGCCCACGUGGUAGGUUGUCCUGUUGUCUACAGAGAAUCACACAUUACUGUCCCAGCCCACCCUCACGAUCCAGACUCACCCCUACCGGGCCUGCGACCCCGUGGAGAUGAGCUAUCCCCGGGACCAGUUCCAGCCCGCCAUCCGGGUGGCUGACCUGCUCCAGCACAUCACUCAGAUGAAGAGAGGCCAGGGCUACGGGUUCAAGGAGGAGUACGAGGCCUUACCGGAGGGGCAGACAGCCUCGUGGGACACAGCCAAAGAGGAUGAAAACCGCAACAAGAAUCGAUACGGCAACAUCAUAUCCUAUGACCAUUCUCGAGUGAGGCUGCUGGUGCUGGAUGGAGACCCACACUCCGACUACAUCAACGCCAACUACAUUGAUGGGUACCAUCGACCUCGACACUACAUUGCUACUCAAGGUCCCAUGCAGGAGACCGUAAAGGACUUCUGGAGGAUGAUCUGGCAGGAGAACUCGGCCAGCAUCGUCAUGGUCACAAACCUCGUGGAAGUGGGCAGGGUGAAGUGUGUGCGAUACUGGCCGGAUGACAUGGAGGUCUAUGGAGACAUCAAAGUCACCCUGAUCGAAACAGAGCCCCUGGCAGAGUAUAUCAUCCGCACCUUCACGGUCCAGAAGAAAGGCCACCAUGAGAUCCGGGAGCUCCGCCUCUUCCACUUCACCAGCUGGCCCGACCACGGCGUCCCCUGCUAUGCCACCGGCCUCCUCGGCUUCGUCCGCCAGGUCAAGUUCCUCAAUCCCCCAGAGGCCGGGCCCAUAGUGGUCCACUGCAGUGCUGGCGCCGGGAGGACUGGCUGCUUCAUCGCCAUCGACACCAUGCUUGACAUGGCCGAGAACGAAGGGGUGGUGGACAUCUUCAACUGCGUGCGUGAGCUCCGGGCCCAGAGGGUCAACCUGGUACAGACGGAGGAGCAGUAUGUGUUUGUGCACGACGCCAUCCUGGAAGCGUGUCUCUGCGGCAACACAGCCAUCCCGGUAUGCGAGUUUCGCUCUCUCUACUACAAUAUCAGCAGGCUGGACCCCCAGACCAACUCCAGCCAAAUCAAAGACGAAUUUCAGACCCUCAACAUCGUGACUCCUCGUGUCCGGCCUGAGGACUGCAGCAUUGGUCUCCUGCCCCGGAACCAUGAUAAGAAUCGGAGCAUGGAUGUCCUGCCUCUGGACCGCUGCCUGCCCUUCCUCAUCUCGGUGGAUGGAGAAUCCAGCAACUACAUCAGUGCAGCACUGAUGGAUAGCCACAAGCAGCCUGCCGCUUUCGUGGUCACACAACACCCUCUACCCAACACCGUGGCGGACUUCUGGAGGCUGGUGUUCGAUUAUAACUGCUCCUCUGUGGUGAUGCUGAAUGAGCUGGACACUGCCCAGCUCUGUAUGCAGUACUGGCCUGAGAAGACCUCGGGGUGCUACGGUCCCAUCCAGGUGGAAUUCGUCUCCGCAGACAUCGAUGAGGACAUCAUCCACAGAAUAUUCCGCAUCUGUAACAUGGCUCGGCCACAGGAUGGGUAUCGUAUAGUCCAGCACCUCCAGUACAUUGGCUGGCCUGCCUACCGGGACACGCCCCCCUCCAAGCGCUCUCUGCUCAAAGUGGUCCGACGGCUGGAGAAGUGGCAGGAGCAGUACGAUGGGAGGGAGGGACGCACUGUGGUCCACUGCCUAAACGGGGGAGGCCGCAGCGGAACCUUCUGUGCCGUCUGCAGCGUGUGUGAGAUGAUCCAGCAGCAAAACAUCAUCGAUGUGUUCCACAUCGUGAAAACAUUACGCAACAACAAGUCCAACAUGGUGGAGACCCUGGAACAGUAUAAGUUUGUAUACGAGGUGGCACUGGAAUAUCUAAGCUCCUUUUAGCCCAGCGGCAUGGAGGACC